AUGAGCGGGAAAUUCCACGGCGCGGCCUGCAAGACCUGUAGGCGGCGGGGCCGGAAGUGUACCCGCGAACUGCCAAAGUGCAAGUCUUGUCUCGACAAAGGUAUCGAAUGUGAAGGAUACACGCUGAAAUGGACCGGUCUGGCAAGCCGUGGUAAACUGGCUGGAAAGACGUCCAUGCCCAAAAGCAAGCCCACCAAGCCAAAGACUGCACCGCUUGCCUUCCGUGGGCAACCAUCAGCCUCACGACGCGACGUUGCUGACCACCCAGACAAUGUCAUCCAAGUCUCCAACACCAGUCAAACUGGCCUAUCCCGUCCAGUAUGGAAUUCACCCUCUCAGACUCCAAAUUGGAGUCCAUCACAAUUCGAUCAAAGCAGAUUCUCGAACCUGACUCCUCGCACCAUGGAGCUCAAUAUGAUGGCCGAGGAUAGCGACAGCAGCCCAGAGGCCGAGACCAGCAAUGUUGUUGCUAGACACCAUGCUUCUUUGGGGUUCAUGACCUUCCUCCUAGACCCUUACAAUGUGCCCAAGGAACUCAAGUACAUCCUCGGUUAUCAUCUUGGCGAGGUCGCCCCCCGAUUGUGCGUGGAUACUAGUACCACCAGAAAUCCCUACUCUCAGUACAUUCUUCCGCUGGGAAUUCAACGUCCUGCACUUCUCUAUGCGUGUGCAGCGUUGGCUGCUUGUCACUAUAGCGUUCGUCUUCAGGAUCAGGGUUUUCAUAUCGACUGCCUCCGUUUCCGCGGCAAAGCCAUGCGCCGCCUCCAGGAGCAAUUGUGGUCAGAAGAGACCGCAAAAGAUGAGAGCAAUAUCGCCGCUGUACUCAUGCUUACCCUCACUGAUAUGUGCCUGGGUGGAUUUUCCAACUUUGAUGCCCAUUUUGCCGCUGCAAGAAAGCUGAUCGACUUACGAGGAGAAAGCAGGACACAGGAUGCAUUUGUCGAACAAUACAUUGGAUGGUUAGAUGUCAUGUUGGCUGCUUCAAACCGCAGAAAACCACUGUUCAGUUCAAAUGAAAUCAGCCUUCUCAGGGGAUCCAACACAGAAUGGAGUUACGACGUCUUCCCCUGCCCACCCGACCAAUUCGAAAUCUUCUCUAGGGUUGUUGAGCUACACAAAAGCCAAGAUGACCAUUCAGUACUCUCACAAGAGGUUCUCGAUGCUGUGAAUGACCUCAAGGACGAACUGCUGUACCUUCCCCUGCACACCGAGCGAGGUGCGGCUUGGUUGCAUCUCACAGAAGCAUACCGGUUUGCCAUCGCACUCUACAUGCUCAGACUCUUCAAGGUGCCCGUUGAUGAAGAUGAUAUCAGCUACCUAGCUCAUAACGUCUUCUACCACGCAAAGAAUAUCCAAGCAUCAACCGGAUGGGCUGAUCACCUGCUUUGGCCUUUAUUUCACGCGGGCUUGGAAUUUCGAGAUGCCAAACGCCAGGAGUGGCUCAGAAUCCGAGCAGAGGAAAUGCAAAGGAGUGGUGGCUUCCGCAACGUGGAGACCAUCAUGGAAAUACUUGAAAGGGUCUGGAGCACGGAUGAGCGCCCGGAUUACCUCACCCUUCUCACAGAAAAUGGAGGGAGUGGAAGCAUGGUGCCAGUAUAA